AUGUUUAGAAACAAUUACGACGGUGAUACGGUCACGUUCUCUCCUACAGGUAGAUUAUUCCAGCUGGAAUACGCAAUUGAAGCGAUUAAACAAGGUAGUGUGACCGUGGGUUUACGUUCAAAAAAUUAUGCAUGUGUAGUAGCUUUAAAGAGAAAUGCUGAUGAAUUGUCCUCGUAUCAGAAGAAAAUUAUAAAAUGUGAUGAUCAUAUGGGCCUCUCUCUAGCAGGAUUGGCGCCAGAUGCUAGAGUAUUGAGUAAUUUCUUAAGACAACAAUGUAAUUAUUCAAAAUUGGUAUUUAAUAGAGACUUAUCGGUGGAAAAAGCUGGUUUUUUAUUAUCCGAUAAGGCACAGAAGAACACUCAAUCGUAUGGUGGUAGACCAUAUGGUGUGGGUCUUCUGGUAGUCGGUUACGAUAAAACGGGACCUCAUCUUUUGGAAUUCCAGCCUUCUGGGAACGUAAUGGAAUUGUACGGUACCGCCAUCGGUGCACGUUCACAAGGUUCAAAGACUUAUCUAGAAAGAGUCCUUGACGAAUUCAAGGAAUUGGAAGAUGAAGAUCCUGAGAGUAUAAUCAAAGUGGGUGUUCAAGCCAUUCAACAGUCUUUGAAAGAUGAGGUCUUAAACACAGACAAUUUAUCAAUUGGUAUCGUCGGUAAAGAUCUUCCUUUCACAGUUUACGAUGGUGAACGUGUCGCAAAAUACUUAUAG